CAACCCUUUAUUCCCAAUAAGUAUUAGGCAUCUUUAUAAUGUGGAUUGUUGUGUAGACCACAAUAAUAUAACAAUGAUGAUUUAGAAGUAUUGCCUAUCAUGUAUUAGAUGUAAAUCCAUCAUGAAUAUCCAUAAGUUUGGUUACAUUAUUGUAAGGGAUUAAAUAAAAGAUGGUAAAGAUAAAGAAAAAAGAAGAAGAAGAAGAAGAAGAAGAAGAAGAAGAAACAACAAUGAAUGUAUAUGGAUACAUGUGUAUGUAUGUGUUUCCUGAUAUAUGACAAUUUUGUAGACCAGUACUCUCUCUCUCUCUCACUCACUCACUCACACACACACACUCUCUCUUUUUCAAUUUUUCCUAGGCCUGUGAACACUAUAAAAGCUUCUAAUUAUUAUUGUAAACCUUUUGUAUAUGAAUAUAACUUAUUGAUGAUAUAAUUUUAAAAUAUGGAUUUACUCAAUGGGAAAUGUUCGAGUAAAACAAUAAAAUAUAAUAGUACUACUGAAAUUACUGAUUGUGAUGAUAUAUUUCUGAAUCACAAUGAAUUUCGUCAGUAUGGAACAAAAAUGAUUCAAUAUGUAGCUGAUUAUUUGGAAAAUAUUGAUGAACGAAGAGUAUUUCCGGAAGUACAUCCAGGUUAUUUAGCUAAAUUACUACCGAAUGAAGCACCAAAUGAACCAGAAAGUUGGGAAGAAAUUAUGAAUGAUGUAGAAAAUAUGAUAAUGCCGGGGGUUACCCAUUGGCAACAUCCUCAUUUUCAUGCUUAUUUUCCUUGUGGUUGUUCAUACACUUCAAUAUGUGCUGACAUACUUGCUGAUGGCAUCUCAUCUAUCGGAUUUACUUGGGUUUCAAAUCCAGCUUGCACAGAACUUGAACUUGUUAUGAUUGAUUGGAUGGCAAAAAUCUUGAGUCUACCUGAACACUUCUUAUUUGGUGAAAACAGUGGUGGAGUCAUACAAGGUAGCUGCAGUGAAUCAACAUUAGUCGCUCUAUUGGCUGCACGUAAUAAAGCUAUUAGACAAUAUCAAAGUAUCCAUCCCAAUGCAAGUACUUAUGAAGCUUUAUCUAAGCUUGUUGGUUAUUAUUCGGAUCAGGCACAUAGUUCAGUUGAACGAGCUGGAUUAAUAGGAAUGCUUCAUUUACGUGCAAUCAAAUCAAAUGAACGUUAUGAAAUGAAUACAAGUAUAUUGAAGCAAACUAUUGAAGAUGAUGUGAAUAAUGGAUUGUUUCCAUUUUUCUGCUGUGCAACUUUGGGAACUACAUCAACUUGUGGAUUUGAUAAAUUAAAAGAUAUUGGACCUAUUUGCGAUAAAUACAAUAUAUGGUUACAUAUAGAUGCAGCAUAUGCUGGUUCAUCAUUUAUAUGUCCAGAAUAUAGAUAUUUGAUGGAUGGAAUCGAAUAUGCUAUGUCAUUUGUAUUCAAUCCACAUAAAUGGUUACUGAUUAAUUUCGAUUGUUCAAUUGUAUGGUAUCGGGAAGUGAACUGGGUAAAAAAUUCAUUUCAUGUUGAUCCACCAUAUUUGAAGCAUAAACAUCAACAAACAACCAUAGAUUUUCGACAUAUGCAAAUUCCAUUGGGUCGGAAAUUUAGAUCAUUGAAACUUUGGUUCACUUUAAGAAGAUAUGGUGUUAAAAAUCUACAAGCAUAUAUUCGUAAUCAUAUAGAAUUGGCUCAUUAUUUUGAAGAACUUAUAAGAGCUGAUGAUCGUUUUGAAAUUGUUGCUGAAGUUCUAAUGGGCUUAGUUUGCUUUCGAAUUAAGGAUAAUAAUGAAUUAACCAAAGAAUUAUAUCAUAAUAUUGAAGCUGAUGGUAGAAUUCAUUUAGUAUCAUCUGAAUUACAUUUACCUAAACCACUUUAUUUUAUACGUUUUGCUAUUUGUUAUCAUUCACCUAAUAAACAUCAUAUUGAUUAUGCUUAUUAUGUCAUUAGUGAAUUAUGUAAAAAAUUAUUAUUACAAUCAAAUUUAAUUAAAAAUAAACAAUGUAAUCAUGAAGAUAUUAAUUUAAUGCUUUUAAAUAAUGAAAAUAAUAAUUAAUCAAUCAAAAAUCGUAGCGGAGGGAUUUGAAUUCGGCGCUGAGAAACUAUUCAGUCUCAUUUAAACAAAAAAGUUCUGAUAUAUACAUAUAUGUAUGACAUUUGUUUAUUUAUAAUUCAAAAUUAAAUUCAAAUUGUUUUUUUGUUUAUAGUUGUGGAUGUUUAAAUGUAUCAUUAACUCUUAUCGUAACUUUUUGUUGCUUUUGGUGGUGGUGGUGGUGGUGGUGUUAUUGUCAUGGUAACAAUUUAUAUUUGUAAAUUCGUAGCAAAGGGAUUCAAAAUCAGCGCUGAGAAACUAUUUACUCUAAUUUAAACAAAAGUUCUGAUGUAUACAUAUAUGCAUUACAUUUGUUUAUUUAUAAUCCAAAAUGACAUUCGAAUUGUUUGUUUAUUUGUUUGCUUAUAGUUAUGGAUGUCUAAAUGUAUCAUUAACUCUUAUCGUAACUUUCUAUUGUUGUUAUUGGUGGUGGUGUUGUUGUUGUUG